AUGGCUCCCGAAUUCGUUGAUCCUCGUAUGACCUCGAUCAAACCUCGCAUUCGUUACAACACCAUUGGAGGCGUGAACGGACCGCUGGUCAUUCUCGACAAUGUACAUUUGACAAACCAAUACGAGUUUUGGGUCAAAUUCCCUAGGUAUAACGAGAUUGUAUCCUUGACCCUUCCUGAUGGCACGGAGCGGUCUGGUCAGGUUCUCGAAGCUCGAGGCAACCGAGCUGUUGUACAGGUAUUCGAAGGUACAACGGGUAUUGACGUGAAAAAGACGAAAGUCGAGUUCAGCGGUCACAGUCUGAAGCUGGGUGUUUCUGAGGACAUGUUGGGUCGUGUCUUUGACGGUUCAGGUCGUGCGAUUGAUAAGGGUCCUAAGGUGUUGGCGGAGGACUAUCUCGACAUUAACGGCAGUCCUAUCAAUCCAUACUCACGAGUCUACCCCGAAGAAAUGAUUUCAACUGGUAUCUCUGCGAUCGAUACCAUGAACUCUAUUGCUCGAGGACAAAAGAUUCCGAUUUUCUCAGCCGCCGGUCUUCCGCACAACGAAUUGGCUGCCCAAAUUUGCCGGCAAGCCGGUUUGGUCAACAGACCAACCAAGGACGUGCACGAUGGACACGAAGAGAACUUUUCGAUCGUCUUCGCUGCUAUGGGUGUCAACAUGGAGACUAGUCGGUUUUUUACACGGGAUUUCGAGGAGAACGGCAGUAUGGAGCGUGUCACUUUGUUCCUUAAUUUGGCCAAUGAUCCUACUAUCGAACGUAUCAUCACACCUCGUCUUGCUCUGACAACGGCCGAGUACUACGCAUACCAACUCGAGAAGCAUGUGCUGGUCAUUUUGACCGAUCUAACGGCAUACUGCGAUGCUCUUCGUGAGGUGUCCGCUGCCCGUGAAGAAGUGCCUGGACGACGUGGUUAUCCAGGUUACAUGUACACUGAUUUGUCGACAAUCUACGAGCGUGCUGGUCGUGUCGAAGGCCGUAACGGUUCCAUCACCCAGAUCCCCAUUUUGACCAUGCCCAACGACGAUAUCACUCACCCUAUCCCCGACUUGACGGGCUACAUUACCGAGGGACAGAUCUUCAUCGAUCGUCAGUUGUAUAACAAGGGUAUUAACCCGCCAAUCAACGUCUUGCCAUCGCUUUCACGUCUCAUGAAGUCUGCCAUUGGUGAGGGACGCACACGGAAGGACCACGGUGACGUGUCUAACCAACUAUACGCUAAGUACGCUAUUGGACGAGAUGCUGCUGCCAUGAAAGCCGUGGUCGGUGAGGAAGCUCUUUCGGCUGAAGACAAGCUGUCUCUAGAAUUCUUGGACAAGUUCGAAAAGUCAUUCAUCUCUCAAUCCGCCUACGAAUCGCGCAGCAUCUACGACUCUCUCGAUAUUGCAUGGAACUUGCUGCGUAUUUACCCUAAGGACUUGCUCAACCGGAUUCCCAAGAAGGUUCUGGACGAGUAUUAUGCUCGUUCCGGCAAGGGGCGCCGAACCGGCAACAAGGACACAAGAGACCACACAGCGUCGGAGCAGCAAACUCAAUCCCAGCAACAGGAGAAUCUGAUCGAUGCUUAAUAUAUGUAUUUAUCGACAGUGUGAAGUGCGUUUUGUUGAUUCCUUUCCAUUAGUUUAUCAUCAUAUAUACAUUUGUGAUACAUACAAACCGACUCAUCUUUAACACCGAUUGAUGUAAUACUCUAAAUAAAGUAUAACCCUAGUAUAAUAAAUGCCACCAACUUCC